AUGGCACCCGAACUCAUUGUCGUCAUCGGAGCCACAGGCACCCAAGGAGGUUCGGUAGUCGAGACAUUCCGCAACGAAUCAGGAUGGACCGUUCGUGGCCUUACGCGCAACACCAGCAGCCAGACAUCCCUGGCUCUCGCGGCCAGAGGCGUGGAAAUGGUAGCCGGCAACCUCGACGACGUGCCGUCUCUGAUUGCAGCCUUUCAAGGAGCCCACGCGAUCUUCUCCGUGACCGACUUCUGGACCGGCUUUCGCAAUCCUGAAAACAAGUCGAAGCUCGCACCGGGUCAGACCAUGAUGGAAUGGGCGCACGGUUACGAGCUGCAACAAGGGAAGAACGUCUUCACCGCUGCUGCCCAGACGCACACGCUGGAAAGACUGGUCUUCUCCGCUCUCCCAUAUGUCACGAAAUGGUCCAAGGGCAAGUAUACACAUGUGUACCACUUCGACGCCGAGGGCAGGGCGGUCGAGUACGCGCGGUCAACGUACCCGGAAUUGAUGAAGAAAACUAGCGUCAUCCAGCUCGGAAUCUAUUUGACAAAUAUGCUGUGGAAGCCACAUUACCAGCCGCACAAGGAUGAAGACGGAGUAUACGUCUUCCGCACCAAAAUGGCCGCCGAUCGCAAAGUGCCGUUGGUCGCGACUAGCGAGGACACCGGUCCUCUGACAAAGGCACUCGUCAAUGUCGACGGGGGCAAAACUCUUCUCGCAUACCGUGAAUUGAUAAAGAUGGACGAAUUUGCAGAGACUUGGGGUCGCGCGCUUGGUGUCAAGGCAAAGUAUGUAGCGACUGGUCCCGGUGAGGUGUGGGUUGCUAUUCCGGAGUUGCAGGAGGACAUUGAGGAAUGCGCAGACUUUAUCACCGAGUUCGGUUUCGAAGGAGGCGAUCCGAGAGUCAUUCAUCCCAAAGAUCUGGGCAUCCCUGUCAAUAUGGGCACCGUUGAAGAGUGGAUCAAGAAGCAAAACUGGAGUGCAGUAUUGUAGGACGUGAUCUUCGAUGUCAAGAACUACUAACUACUGUGAGUCGCGGGCACGUUUGCGAAGUCGCAUUCGCUAUAAAGGGAUUAGGUGCAUAAGAGAGCUGAUAACGAGUUCUUCGCGAAAGGGGUAAAAAGAGGCCCGCGAAGAGAUCGAGGAUUACGAGGCUAAUCGAGACGUACUCGAAGAGACGAGAUACAUUUUGAAUAGGCCGAAAGGGGACGAAUGGAGCGGGGCCCGAAGCGGUAGAGAAGAGUCCUGGCGACGAG